UACUACGUUUUAACUACGUUGUACAAUUUUACAUACUACGUUUUAACUACGUUGUACAAUUUUACAUAUUACGUUUUAACUACGUUGUACAAUUUUACAUAUUACGUUUUAACUACGUUGUACAAUUUUACAUACUACGUUUUAACUACGUUGUACAAUUUUACAUAUUACGUUUUACAGUUUUACUAUUUUACAGUUUUACUAUUUUACAGAUUUACUAUUUUACAGUUUUACUAUUUUACAGAUUUACUGUUUUACAGUUUUACUAUUUUACAGUUUUACUAUUUUACAGAUUUACUAUUUUACAGCUUUACUAUUUUACAGAUUUACUAUUUUACAGUUUUACUAUUUUACAGAUUUACUAUUUUACAGAUUUACUAUUUUACAGAUUUACUAUUUUACAGUUUUACUAUUUUACAGAUUUACUAUUUUACAGUUUUACUAUUUUACAGUUUUACUAUUUUACAGAUUUACUAUUUUACAGUUUUACUAUUUUACAGUUUUACUAUUUUACAGUUUUACUAUUUUACAGAUUUACUA